UAUAAGAUUACACGUGACAAGUUGUUUAUAAAUAACGACGUUCUGUACAAGACACAUCUUACAAAGUGUUGAUAGAAUCAAAGAGAAUCAUAUUCGUCAGCGUAUUGAGCCAUGUUGUAUUCAAAGGUUUUAUUUUUUGUCUUGUUGACGGGAGUGUUGUCAUAUCAUGCACCUUCAAGACCUUUAGAAACUUCUGAAGAUGAUAUAGAUGGGUUGUUAGAUAAUAAUGAAGUUGACAUUUCUAAUGAUGAAGAGGUUGAUGACAAUGACGAUGAACUACCAGAAGAAGAAGAGGAGGAAGACGAAGAUGAAGAUGAAGAUGAUGAAAGAGAAGAAGAUAAUGACGAUGAUGAUGAUGAAGACGAGGAUAAAGAUUAUGAAGAUGUCGCUGAUUUCAUAAAUAACGAGAUAUUAAAAGAGGAAACCGUGGAAGAUAACAAGAAAAACAAGAGCUUUUGCACAGGAAAGAAGAACGGAAAUUAUCCGUCGAAAAAAUGCGGCAUGUUUAUCACGUGCGCUCACGGUUAUACACAUAAAAGAAGUUGCCCAGGAGGACUGAGUUACGACGCUAAAACGGAUAGAUGCAACUACCCGCUAUGCAAAGGAAAAGGAUUUUGUGUUGGAAAAAACGAUGGAAACUUUGCUGAUCCGAAACGAUGUUCUGGGUACAUAUCCUGUUCAAAUGGAGUGGCCUACCGACAAAAAUGUCAAAACAACCUUCACUUUAACGCCACUUCAAAUCAGUGUGACCACAAAGACAAAUCUCCUUGCAAAGAGACUUGUGAGGUGGAUGGAAAAUUUUACAAAUCCAGCGAUAGGUUUAUAUGGAGAUGUACCCACUCUUGCAUUUGCAAGGGACCAAAUCACACGUGUGAACCACUUUGCCCAAGAACACAUCGCAACUGUGGACCAAAUGGGAAAACAAAAUCAGUUACAACACAAGUUACAACAAAUCCAACUUGCUUCUGCACUAAAAGUAUUUGUAUCACAAAAUAAGAUGACAUCAAGUGAAGGAUAUUUUAUCUGUUAAAUGCUUUUCUAAUUAAUUCUUUAUAUCAUGAUUGGCUAAAUAUCAAAUAUGCACUUUUCAAA